AGUUGUGUAAACAUCCUCUAAAAAUCAGCUCUCCCGCUAAAAUUUCGCUCACUUCACCUUCAUCGGAGCCACGCGUGCCCGCCCAAAUGGAGGAAUUGGACGCGCUCCUGGAGGGCAUCUAUGCGCGCGCAUCGGAGAUCAAGCAGGCGCAGGACCCAGAGAGCGAGCUCCGCCUUUUGCUCGCGCCAGUCCGGGCGCUGUUCGUGCAGCAGCAGCGUCGGGAGAGCUCUUCUAGCGUGGGAUCCUCCAGCAACUCAAGCGGCGACUCCAGACCCUUAAGUUACAUCAGCGGAGCUGCCGCGAAGUUGCACAAGAUGGUAGUGCGCUCUCCGCCGUCCCAGCCGCUCUCCACCCCCAGGAAGAGCGUGAAUCCGCAGUCGUACCUUAAUGACGCAGCCAAUCGGCUACACGCGCUGGUCACGGGCAAUAAAACACUGUCUGCCAAUACAUUACGAGGCAAACAGCAGCAGAGCGAGGCUGCCAUCCGCAUCCAAGCUCUAGUCAGAGGCAAGACGCAGAGGCAGACGCUGACUAGACAGCAGAGUCUCAUGGUACAGGGCACUAAGGUGCUCAAUAAGUACGUGCUCAAGACGGACAGAUUCCCCAAUUGUCAUGAACUGGACACGCCUCAUGGAGACAUUGCACCCAAUUUCCGACGUCUGGAGGGAACGCCGCUGUAUGGAUCGGCACAGCCGUCACUGGAGGGGAUUCAGAUGAUUCUGAGUCAAGUAGCAGCGGACGGGUUUACUAAAGUCGUGUGGGUGAACUUGAGAGAGGUUUGUGAGCAAUAUUUAAGUACGGGCUUAGAAUCAAAAGAGUAUUGAUUUUGGUUAUUCAACAGGAAGCGGUGAUUUACGUGAAUGGAAGGUCGUUUACAGCGCGACGCAGUGCUAUGCUGAACGAGAAUGACUUGGUUCCAGGGCUUACUGGCCACAAGAUUCAAGUUCUGGAGACAUCGAUGAAGCUCAGUCUACAGGAGGAGUUGAAGGUGGCAGAUAACCAGUUUGAGUACUGGGAAGAAGUGGCUCUGGGAGAAAACGAGCUCAUUGAAGACACUGCGGAGCCUGAAAACGUGCUAACGUUGCCGGAGUUGUAUGAAAGUGCCGAAGUAGCCAAGUACCAGGACGCUAUUCAGAGUCUAGUGUAUCGUCGGAUCCCCUUCGAGCGAGAAAACGCCCCGGAACAAGGCGACGUAGAAAUGCUGACCAAGUUGAUGGAAGCCACUGAGAAUGAUGGAGCUACUGCCUUCGUUUUCAAUUGUCAAAUGGGGAAGCGACGUACAACUACAGCCAUGGUGAUUGGAAGGCUGAUUUGCCAGCGUAACACCUUGGAUAUCAACGCUUUGACGCCUCCAGAAGAAAUACCGGAAAACCAGAACGGAUCGGGUAAUUUUGCGGUUAUCCGCGAAGUCCAAACACGUCUGCAAUAUGGGCGGGAAGCGAAGGUAUGGGUGGAUACUGCCAUCGACGAGUGUGCCACCAUCUGCAACAUUCGCUCGGUUAUCCACGAAUACCGCGAUCUGUCGAAUGCCGAAGCGAAGCCUGCCAAGCGUUCGUAUUAUCUACACCACGCGAUGAGUUUCCUAGAGAGAUACUUCUACCUCAUCGUAUUCGGAGCUUACAUGAUCGAGAUUCACCAGAAAAACAGCGGCGAAGAGCCUGCCCCAGACACUGACGAAGACACGCACCCUUCAUUUUCCAAGUGGCUUCAGCAGCAUCCGAACAUAUUCCGCUUGUUAGAUGACCUGGGUGGUGUGCGCUAUAAGUCAGACAAGGUGCUAGCCAACUGUGUAUUGAAGAUGGAUCACUUCUUCGGUAUCGCUCGGAUCCCGUUCGAGCUGACCACGAACGUCCCGAACUACCGACGUAUUGCCAAUGAACCCAUCUUUGGUACCGCGCAGUGUCUGGAACAAGGCAUCAUCGAUGUGAUCGACCACUUACGUGACGAGUUCGACCGUGCGAUCUGGAUUAACUUACGUGAGGAGGCUGUUAUUUACGUCACGGGACGUCCGUUCUGCGUGCGCCACCAAGACGAUCUCAUGGUUAACGUGGAGUAUCCGGGGAUCGAAGUGGACGAGAUCACGGCGAUCGAGAGACAAGUGAAGCUCGAACUGCAAGAUAAAGUUCGUAAGGACAACGGCCUGUUCAUGUAUUGGUACGAGCCUCGCGAGAUGGUGAAUGAUGAGACUAUGGAGCACAUUAACCCACUGAUGGAUGUCAAGACGUUGACUGAAGUCUACGAGGACGCCACGCAACAAACGGAGUUCGACUUACGGUACGCGCGUAUCCCUGUGUCGGAUGAGACCGCACCAGAAGAGAAGGACUUGGACGAUAUGGUGCGUCUGCUCCUGCCUGCAUUUAUGAACGAACUGGGUCUCCAACUCCCGUCAGACGAGAGCAAUCCAGCUCAAAAGAAACUCAAGACGGCAGUCAUUUGCAAUUGCCAGAUGGGUCGUGGUAGGACUACGACUGCUCUUGUCUGUGUGUACAUGUUACGUGUGGUGCUCGAGGACAGCGCGUCAUGUAAACCUAGUCUACUGAAGGAGAUUCUUGGCAGUAGAGGUGCUGGCCAUCGUCGCCAAUCUGCUGCCCUUAUAGCCGACUUCGUAGUGAUCCGUAAACUACUCAAGACGCUGGACAACGGAUCAGACUGCAAGCUACUGGUCGACUACGCUAUCGACCAGUGCGAACAUAUGCAGAACCUGCGCGACUGCAUCAGUCAAUGUCGCGAUCUAGCGAUGGAUCGCGAUCUUCCGAGUUCUAAGCGCGAUUUCUUCAUGCUACGCGCUGUGAACUACCUGGAACGCUACUUCUAUCUCGUGUGCUUUGCCUCGUACCUGCUGGAAGAGCGUGAACACUAUUUCCAGCGUAGCUUGUUUGUCACGUGGAUGAACGAACGCUAUGGCAGCGCGUUGUAUGAGUUGCUGGACAACCUCUGCUUCGAGGAGGAAAUUGGCGCAGAGACACAUGUGUCGUCCAUGCGCUGGCGAUGGCGACGUAAACGUAAACUCGUCUCGAGAUUGGAGUAAAAUUUUCAACGCAAACGUGAAAAAAACUGAACCAAAUCGUAUGAAAACGUAAGACAAAAUGCUACGAAAGCACAACUGAACUCGGGGGGUGUAAUGGAGGGUCUAAAGGUGCUAGCUGCGCAGUCAACACUGUCACUGCAAGAUCCAGUCUAGUUGGUGGUGCUACGGAUGUAGUACGGUUCAUCCUGGUACUCUGCUUCACAGUAGGGGAAGGCGGUGUCGUCUUCCGAGGACGUGAAUAGCUUCUCUCCAGCAUGGAUCAUGACGUAGCAACCGGCCACCGAACAGCCGACCAGUACCAGCAUGGAAGCAGAUUUGUCCAGAACGGACAUCUUUCUCCAGAAGACGCGCAGGGAAAUGAUCACAGGCAUCAACAUGCAGUUAACCGUGUGAGCCGUCGAUCCCGUGAAGUCUUCCAGAUCCAGGAACUUGUCUUGAGCAGCCACAGCGACGAUAGCCAUGAUGAUGAUCAUACUAACACGCAGUGUGAUGUAGCGCAGAGUGUUCCUAGUCCCCUUGUAAGGUUCACGAAGCCGGUCCUCAGUGAUUUCUUCGGGAAACUCGAUCGCAGCGCGUAGGUGCGACAUCCGCCCGUCAGACUUCUCGAUCAAACUGGAAGCCGACACUCCGCGCUCUUGGGGCGUCAAAGCUUGAAUGUAAGAAGGCUUUUCCUGCAGCUCCAGAUCGUCCACGUUCUCCACAUCAUCAUCCGGAUUGAAACGCACAAUAGGCGCAGUCUUGUGCAUUCCGAGUACCAACCGCUCUGCGAUGUAGAAGGCCGGCAUCAUCAUAGUAGAGAACGCGAUGGAAAUGUGUACCUGCAUAAAGAGAUACGCCAUAACAACAGCAGCACGACUAGGCGUGAAACCCAGUGGCGCAGGUCCCAUCGGGUUCGACGUGUCCACAAUAGAGUACAACACAUUGCCAGAAAUCUGGCAACCACCAGCAGUGUAUCCAGCCAACGCGAUCGCGAAGAAAAAAGCCGAGAUAGUCAGGAUCGUGAUCAUCAGGACUCGAGGCAUUCGCUGCGGCUGAGAGUGUUCACGUUGCAAGUCUGGGAUCACGAUAGCAGCGCCGUAUGCCAGAGCUAAGUUACCGAAGCAGGUUAGAACCUGGUGAACGGAUACAUCCGGCUUGGGGAUCGAUGGGUGGCCACGCAUGUUAUACUGCAGCAUCGCCACAGCGAUCACGUCGGCGAUAGCAGUGCCCAUACAACCAGCGAACGCCAUUCCGGCACUUUCCUUCAGUGUCGGGAUCAAACAGACAGGAAUGACCAGCAACGCCAUGAAGACGAUCCAGAACGUCUGACUGAAUGUGUCGGGGAACAAAACAUCGAGUAGUGUACUACCCAACACCAAAAAGGCGAUAGGUACCAGGACACAUACGCCCAUCUGCGAGACGACAGAGAAGAAGCGACCCCAUUUACCCAAAGCCCACUCACCGAGGUCACCGUACGUCUUGACCGACGACGGAGCCGCCAGCAUCGCCUUGGACAGUUUGAUAGCCGAGUAAACGUUUGCGAAAAACAUGAAUGCGAGCGAGAUCGUCGCGUAAAUGGGUCCGGCUCGUGCGAAGUUGGAGGGCAUACCAAGCGAGCCGAUACCGAGGACGCAGCAGAAGAGGUUGAACGAAGCCUUGGCAUCUUCGAGCGUGAAGAAAGGGUCCUUAGAACCGUGACCCAUUGCUGAAGACGGUCGAGCACAAAGUGGCUUGUUGGGUAUAUGCCAGACGAGGAGAAUUGGAGAAUGAAUGAGUUGGAAGGCAACGCAAUUUCGCAGCGCAACUUGCAGGGUUGGCUAUGAGCGUGGGCGGGUGCUUUGCAGCACUGUUCGUUGUUUGGCCAUGCGUCAGUGAUUACUGGUUCUAGAAGUUGAAAUAGUGUUUGGAUGAAAAAGUCCAUUCUACAUCCUACAAACUUUAAAUCAAAGGUGGAAAUGCAAGUGGUGUUGCAACGUGCUUGCCUAGAGACAGAUUUUUUUUUUUUACGUUACAUGUACCACUAGAGGUACUGUAGUACUGUACUUUAGUUAGUCUAGUCUAGAUAGAACACGAGAUUUGCAAGUCGAUCACCG